AUGUCCGAUGCUGGCGGGGCCGGGCCGGCAGGCGGCGGCGGCGGGGCGGGGGCCGGGCUCGGGGCGCUGCCCCCCCCGCCCCCCGCGCCCCCGCCCCCGCAGGGCUCCCCGGGCGCCGCCGCCGCCGGGGGCUCGGGCGCCUGCGGACCGGCGACUGCGGUGGCGGCGGUGGGCACGGCCGAGGGGCCGGGAGGCGGCGGCUCGGCCCGGAUCGCCGUGAAGAAGGCGCAACUGCGCUCCGCUCCGCGGGCCAAGAAACUGGAGAAACUCGGAGUGUACUCCGCCUGCAAGCCUGAGGAAUCUUGUAAAUGUAAUGGCUGGAAAAACCCCAACCCUUCUCCCACUCCCCCGAGAGCCGACCUGCAGCAAAUAAUCGUCAGUCUGACGGAAUCCUGCCGGAGUUGUAGCCAUGCCCUCGCCGCUCAUGUUUCCCACCUGGAGAAUGUGUCAGAGGAAGAAAUGAACAGACUCCUGGGAAUCGUGUUGGAUGUGGAAUAUCUCUUUACCUGUGUCCACAAGGAAGAAGAUGCAGAUACCAAAGAAGUUUAUUUCUACCUAUUCAAGCUCUUGAGAAAGUCUAUUUUACAAAGAGGAAAACCUGUGGUUGAAGGUUCUUUGGAGAAGAAACCUCCGUUUGAGAAACCUAGUAUAGAACAGGGUGUGAACAACUUUGUACAGUACAAAUUUAGUCACCUGCCAUCCAAAGAAAGGCAAACAAUAGUUGAGUUGGCAAAAAUGUUCCUGAACCGCAUCAGCUAUUGGCACCUGGAGGCGCCAUCUCAACGAAGACUGCGAUCUCCCAACGAGGAUGUUUCUGGAUACAAGGAGAACUACACAAGGUGGCUGUGUUACUGCAAUGUGCCCCAGUUCUGUGACAGUCUGCCCCGGUACGAGACCGCCCAGGUGUUCGGGGGAACCCUGCUCCGCUCCGUCUUCACUGUGAUGAGGCGACAGCUCCUGGAACAGGCGAGGCAGGAAAAGGACAAACUGCCACUCGAGAAACGAACUCUGAUCCUCACCCAUUUCCCCAAGUUUCUGUCCAUGUUAGAAGAAGAAGUUUAUAGUCAAAACUCUCCCAUCUGGGAUCAGGAUUUUCUCUCAGCUUCUUCCAGAACCAGCCAGCUAGGAAUCCAAACAGUUAUCAGUCCACCUCCUGUGGUCGGGACAAUUUCCUACAAUUCAAACUCAGCUUCCCUUGAGCAGCAGAAUAGUGGGAGCAACAGUCCUUCCUGUAAAGGUGCUUCUGGGCUUGAGGUAAACCCAGGAGAAAAGAGGAAAAUGAACGACUCUCAUGUUUUGGAGGAGGCCAAGAAACCCCGCGUGAUGGGCGAUAUUCCACUGGAACUAAUCCACGAGGUCAUGUCCACCAUCACAGAUCCUGCAGCGAUGCUCGGGCCAGAGACCAAUUUUCUGUCAGCGCACUCAGCCAGGGACGAAGCGGCAAGGCUGGAGGAACGCAGGGGUGUGAUUGAAUUUCACGUGGUGGGCAAUUCUCUGAACCAGAAGCCCAAUAAGAAGAUUCUGAUGUGGCUGGUGGGGCUGCAGAACGUGUUCUCCCACCAGCUGCCCCGGAUGCCAAAGGAGUAUAUCACACGGCUAGUCUUCGACCCGAAACACAAAACCCUUGCUUUAAUUAAAGACGGUCGUGUUAUUGGUGGUAUCUGCUUCCGAAUGUUCCCGUCCCAAGGAUUCACAGAGAUUGUUUUCUGUGCCGUAACCUCGAAUGAGCAAGUCAAGGGCUAUGGGACACACCUGAUGAACCAUUUGAAGGAAUAUCACACAAAACAUGACAUCCUCAACUUCCUCACCUAUGCAGAUGAAUAUGCAAUUGGAUAUUUCAAGAAGCAGGGUUUCUCCAAAGAAAUUAAAAUCCCUAAAACCAAAUAUGUUGGCUACAUCAAGGAUUAUGAAGGAGCCACUUUAAUGGGAUGUGAGCUAAACCCACGGAUCCCAUAUACGGAAUUUUCUGUCAUCAUUAAAAAGCAGAAGGAGAUCAUUAAAAAGCUGAUAGAAAGAAAACAAGCCCAGAUUCGGAAAGUCUACUCUGGACUUUCCUGUUUUAAAGAUGGAGUCCGGCAGAUCCCGAUAGAAAGCAUUCCUGGAAUUCGAGAGACAGGCUGGAAACCGAGUGGAAAAGAGAAAAGUAAAGAGCCCAAAGACCCCGACCAGCUAUACAGCACGCUCAAGAGCAUCCUCCAGCAGGUGAAGAGCCAUCAAAGCGCUUGGCCCUUCAUGGAACCCGUGAAGAGAACAGAAGCUCCGGGAUAUUAUGAAGUUAUAAGGUUCCCCAUGGAUCUGAAAACCAUGAGCGAACGCCUCAAGAAUAGGUACUACGUGUCUAAGAAAUUAUUCAUGGCAGACUUACAGCGAGUCUUUACCAAUUGCAAAGAGUACAACCCCCCUGAGAGUGAAUACUACAAAUGUGCCAAUAUCCUGGAGAAAUUCUUCUUCAGUAAAAUUAAGGAAGCUGGAUUAAUUGACAAGUGAUAUUUUUUUCCCCUCUGCUUCUUAGAAACUCAUCAAGCAGUGUGCCUAUAAGCAUGGUUUAGUUUUACAAAGAAUUGGACAUAAUGUAUUGAAGAUACUUGUAAUAAUUAGCACUUUUAAAAAACAAACAGAAAACCUCCUCUUAGCUUUUCAGAUAUGUAUUUAAAUUGAAGUCAUAGAACAUUUUUAUUUUAUGGAAUAGAUUUUAAUCUAUUUACUACUAUUAAUGUCAAUUCUCUAUGGCAUGUCCAUUAGCUGAAUAUUCAAUAAUAGAUGAUCAGGGGUUUCCUCAAAACUUGUAUAUGGGGAAAUUGCACAUAGUACCAGGAUUUGGGGGAAUGCAGAAAAUUUUCAGACCGUGAAUGUUUCCACUUUUUUCUAAUGGAAUGUGAGAGUUUAUUUUUAUUUUAUUCUGAAGGACUUUAAAGGAAGGGAUACAUGAUAAAAAGCCCGUAAAAGGUGAAAUAUGUGAUGUGUGAAGUCUCAUGGUAGACUUUUUAUAUAUAUUUUUAAAAAAUACUCAUCUAGGUGAGGUGCUUUGAGCAGUUCUGAAAAAUGCAGUUCCAGAAAAGCAACUGCUUUGAUUCCUAAGGAAGAAAUUCUAAAUAAUGCAAACUUUUUUUUAUAAGCAUCUGGGUUUUUGAUAAUUCUGUCUACCUACAACAAACUUGUGAGUGCAUAACCACUAUUUUAAUAAUUAUUUUCUCUACACAAGUGUGUAAUACUAUAUCUGACUUCGCUUAUGCAGGCCAUAAGUUCCAGAAGGCAAUUUCCUGGACCACAAAGGCAUCCAUUUGAAAACACUUGCGAUUGACUCAACAUACGUUAAUAAAAAAAGAUGUAUCAUCAAAAUAUGUAUCAAAUUUAGUGAAUCCUUGUUCCAUAGAUAAGGAUUUAUUUCCCUUUUUCUACAGUACACACAACCCCACUGAUAAUGUAUUUAUGAACAUUUUUCCUUUUGCAUCUCCAGGUUAUAUUCAUUGUUGGAGAUGAAUUAAAUUACCACCAAGAUUUGCUGUCAGUAUUUUAAUGCCUACGUUGGUAUAUAUAC